UUUUUCCACAGAAGGGGAGAAAAACCUAAAUUACUUAUCAGAAAGUUUUAAGCCUUCGUGUGGCGCUGGUCUGUUUUUUUUUUCUUAAUGUACAGUAUAUACUACUACGUCACAAUGGGAUCCAGGACGGUCGUGUUUCCUUUGUGUAAAAUACUGAUUUUACUUUGUAUUUCGUAUAAAUGUGUCUGUAACUCCGAUGCUGAACUGUUUCUAACAGAUGGAGUGCAGCCUGAGUUGAGAAUUCACCAUCAUUUCUGUGCCCUGAAGAUGGAUGAAGGUCCAUGCAAAUCAAUCCAACCCAAAUUUUACUUUGACAUUGACACUCAGAAGUGUGAGCCUUUUGAUUAUGGAGGGUGUCAGGGCAAUGAAAACAGGUUUAAUACUUUGGCUGAUUGUGAAAAAAUGUGUUUAGUACAACGUGGUAAAGACCCAUGCCAACUGGAGGAGGAACCAGGCCCAUGUCGGUUGAUAGUCAUCCGGUAUUUCUUCAGUACCAUUUCUCAGAAGUGUGAGCCGUUCAUGUAUGGUGGAUGUCUUGGAAAUGCCAAUAACUUCCGGACAUUAAAACAGUGUCAGGAUAGCUGCCACCAUAAAACCAUUGGGGUACAAGCUGAACCUACUGAAAAGCUGAGGGUGCCUCAGACUAAUACUCUAAACGUGCCAGACUUUUGCCUGACUCCUGCAGAGGAAGGUCCGUGUGCGGCUUCUGUGAAGAGAUACUUCUACAGUUCCACCCAGGAGAAAUGUCAGCAGUUUGUCUACAGUGGAUGUGGUGGCAAUAACAACAACUUUAUCUCCAUGACAGAUUGCAGAAGAACAUGCAUGAAAGAUGUUAAGAAGAAAUCAACAAAGCCAAAGAAUCGUGGAAUAAGAAUAAAGAAGAAAAACAGGAGAAUCUUAAUCAAAGCUUCCUAAUCAGUUGCUGUCUACUGCACUUAAACAGAAUCAUUGCUCUGAAUCAUUUUUCUACUUAUUUAAUGUACACUUCGUGUUGUCUUUGAGGUUGUUUAGUAUACCUUGAUUAACUGGACACCAACGGGACUGUUUUGUUUUUGUUUUUGUUUUUAAUUCUAUGAGCUUCUGUCAUUCGUUUUUAUUGUUUUGGGGUUUACUGGCUGUUAUGAGAAAGAGACUGUGUAGUUAAGAUGGCUGUAUGUACAGCUUUUAAUGUAUUUGGUGUCUUUAUUUAUUGUGAAUUAGAUGAUUUAUAUGUUGAACUCUGACAGGUUACUAUUUUGUUCAGAGUAUGACCAUGCAUUUUUUUGUAUAUUUCAAUUCUGUGCUUGUUAUUAUUAGAACCCCUAUGCAUGGUUUAGUGGGCAGGAGCUAGGGCUCCUCCCCCACUGAUCUGUCCAGCCAAAAUAUUUGUCAGCCUCCACAUUUAAGCCCCAUGUCAAGCCCUUAUUCUGAGAAACCACAUUAGACUCCAGCUCCUUUAAGAAUUCAACGUGAUUUACUCACUGCACUGUGUUACACGAACCUGUCUUGCUCUGAAAAGCAAUCUUCAUUCAUCAUUUGAAAAUACUGUAUAUGAAUUAAACAAAGUGACUCCCCAAUUAAACAUCAUAAAGAGCACUGGGAAGAACAGUCUCUUAGGGUUGUAUCCCAUUUAAGCAGAACUCCUGAUUAACAGUUUCCCCAAUUAGGCGGCACCAAAUGUAUCUGGAUGUUUUAUGCACAGUCUAAGAAAGUGCAUUUUGGGUGCAGGGACUGGUCCUGGCCCACAGAGGGCGCACACGCUAUUAAAAGUCCAUGCUAUGAUUGCCUACUUUUUAACAUCUGUUAGUUUUGUGCAGUUUGUCUGUUUGAUUUUAGAUUUUGAUUUUAAAUUAUUGUUCAAAAGGUAAAAUGCUUUUUGAAUAAAAUAUUGUUCUGUUUUCCCCUAUAAUAUGAAUGUUUACAUUAAAUGUGAUGUGUAUAAUUAUAAGCACUGGAUCUUGUUAUAAAGCUGAGCAUGUAUGUAUCUAGCAACCAUCAUAUUAAAACUGAUUUUCACAAGCCA